AGUAUAAUUGACGCCAUAGGUAGCAAAGCUCCACCCUCUCUUUGAUCGAUCGAUAUCGAUAGGCAGCAGAAGGGGAGAAAAGGAAACCGAUCUCGGUCAUGGCCACGCCCACCACUUUGGUCGCCGCCUCCAGCCAUCGCCGUCGUCGCCGGCGUGGAUCCACACCGGCACAGGCACAGGCACAGGCACCGGCACCGGAGGGGGUGCCGGGGUGGAUCCUUCUGAACAGCGGUGCCCACAUCGGCAGCCGCUCCAACGCCACCACCGCCGUCGGUGAGGCGAGGGACAAGCUGACGAUAGAGGUGUCCUUGUGGCCGGCGCAGCCGCCGCACCCCUCCGACGUGUUCGUGUGUUGCCCGGGCGUCCGCCACCCCCGCGAAUCCGAGAUCCUCUUCACGGCCCAAGAUCUGCUGCUGCUGCGUGUCCCGGUCGCCGCCGGGGCUGCGCCGAGCCUCAUCAGCUUCACGGAGUGCGAUUACCUCAUCUACCGUGCCGCCGCCGGCGACCGUCGUCCGUCGCUCACGCUGCUCCCGAAUCCAAAGCCCAACUACUUCCACGACGGGGAUGUCGGCAUCCUUCCCCGAGGCGGGGGCGAGUACACGGUCGCGGCCCUGGUUGCUAGACGACGCCGGGGGCAGGUGGACCACCAAGACGGUGUGGAUGGACGACCCGCGGAGGCCUCCCCCUGUGGAGAUCCCCAUCAACGCAAGGCGGCUCAACCACCACAUCACCACCACCACCAUCACGCUCGGCGGCGAGCUGGCCGGUGCCAUGGGCUGGGUCGAUCUCUGGACCGGCAUCCUAAUCUACGAUCUCCUCCAUGACGACAAGGACCAAGACCGGCCAACGCUCCGGCACAUGCCGCUGCCGCUGCCGAUGCACGCCAUCACCGGCAACCACGGGAUGGGCGACAAGCUAGCCUUAGGCUGCCCACGCUCUCUCCGUGGCAUUGCCUCUGUCACGAGGCGCGGCAAGGCCUGCCUCAAGCUCGCCGGCGUGCAUGUCACCGGAGAGCGCCUCCCCUACAACGACGCUGAAACCCAGCUGCCGGCGUUCGCCGUCGACGACUGGACUGUCACGACAUGGAGCAAUGACAAGAUGAAGGGCUACUUUGAGGACUGGCAGGAGGAUUUCACGAUUCGCGGUUCCGAGGUCAGGAUUAGCAACGCCAUGCGCUCGGAUCUGCUGAGAUCUGGGUUGCUGUACCGUAAACCGUCACGAGGGGAUGGCGAUGAGGCUACGGUGGAGGAGCUGGCUUUGCACAAUCUCUGGGUGUCUCAUCCCACCCCCAGCCUAGAUGGUGAAGAAGAUGUCAUCUACCUGCUGGCCAAGCCAAAGUGCUUCCACCCCAAGGCGUGGGUUCUUGCUCUCGACACGAGGAGCAGCACGCUGCUAGGCGUGGUUGAGUUUGGCACUGAAACCGCACCAUCUGCAGGUGUCACGUAUCGCCCCAGUACUAUAUCCAAGUACAUGAGUCUGGUGACUUCUCCAGUGACUGGGAGAACUUAAAGGAUGCUGCUGCUAAUCACUGAAUCAAGAUGGUACUGCUGGCCUGUUUGGAGGCGAUGCAUCGAAGAUUAAGACUGAAUGAUGUUGUUACACAUAUACUCCCUCCGUUUCAUAAUACAAGACUUUCUAGCAUUGCUCAUAUUUAUAUAUAUGUUAAUAAAUCUAGACACAUAUUUGUAUAGAUUUACUAACAUCUAUAUGAAUAUGGACAAUACUAAAAAGACUUGCAUUAUAAAACGGAGGAAGUAUAUGUUUACAGGGGUCUUGGCAAUUUUGCAUUCGGGUGCAAGAAACGUGUUUGUUUCCCUGCGCUGGUGGUUAGGAGUAUUUAUGUAAAUUUCUCUAGUUGGAACAAACAGCCAGUAGCUUGUCGAUCUGUUACUAACUUACGAUGAAGCAUCAUCAUUAUCAUCUCAUAAAAACUUGUAAUGGGAUUUUAUAUUCGUGACUAUCACGCACUUUGAUUUCGGUGAGAAGAGAAAUCCAGAAAAUUGCCAUCAA